CGACUGAAAGCUUCACUUUCAAUCAUCACGCCCUUGUACAUAUUGCAUUCUUGCUCGAUUGACACAACGCUCGUGCCCUCAUAGGUUCAUCCGAAUUCCGACCCUAUAAUCCACUAAACAUUAAUGCGAACAGAGUUGUAGAAAUUCAGUUCCUAAUGCUUUGAGCGAUCCUGAGGCACCGAUGCCGUCGGACAUUCGAAGCUUCUUCGGCGGGAAGGCGCAAUCCAGCGCCGAUUCCAAACCGAGCAAUUCGCCUGCCAAAGCAAAGUCGAAGUCGAGAUCGAGCAAGUAUACCGUCGACGACUCAGAUGAGGAGGUGAUCAGCACGAAGACAGCUGCCCCCAAGAAGGCGGCAUCGAAGAAGCAAGUUCAUGACCACUCUCCCAAUGGCGAAGCGACUACGACUUCGGCAUACUUUGGGGACGCGAAGCCAAAACGAUCAGGGCCUGUCAAAGCUGCUAGCAAGUCGAAGGAUAAGCCGGUAGACACAGCUGAGAAGAAGAAUGGCACGAGCACUAUAACGCGGAGUGGAGUAACCCCGAAGCCCUCUCCUUACAAGAAGCCCAAAGAUAGGGACGAAGACUUCAUCGACGGCGAUGAUGGCGGAGAUGAUGUGUUCACGGCGGAUUACAAGAAACGUGCUGGACGACAUGAUGACUACGAAGAAGAGAGUGAAGAAAGUGAUAUGGAGGUAGUUCAGCCUGCGAAGCGGGGGGGCAAACGUUCUACAGCAGUCAAAGAGGAGGAGGAUGAUGAUGACGACUUUGAACCGCCGGAGAAGCCAUUGGCGACGAGGAGUAGGGGCAGACCAUCGUUGCGCAGCAAGGACAGCACUCCAAGCAAGAAGCGUAAGUCCCCUGUCAUUGAAGACGACGAUGAUGAAGAGGAAGAUGAUGAACCUGUGACGAAAACCAAACGCGGAGCAGCUAAGGGGACUCCCAAGAAGGCACCGGCCAAGAAGAAGGCGAAGAAGGAGGAUACUCCAGAAGACGAAAAGGUUCAGAGCAUCUACGACUCGAUUCAGCUUGUCCGACCUCCAACUCCCCCUUCACGAGCCGACGGAGAGACUGGGAAGUUCAAUUUCAAAGCUCACGCCCAGAAUGCAGGCCUCGCACCAGCCGCUGGCACUCGAGAUAUUCCUACAGGAGCUGAAAACUGCUUAGCAGGGCUUACUUUUGUGUUCACCGGCCUUCUACAGUACAUGGAGCGUGACGUUGCUCAAAAUUUGGUCAAAAGACAUGGUGGCAAAGUCACAACCGCCCCAAGCGGCAAGACAAGUUACGUCGUGCUUGGAUCGGACGCCGGACCUAAGAAGCUGGAGACGAUCCGUAAGCACAACAUCAAGACCAUUAAUGAAGACGGUCUCUUCGACUUGAUCCGAAAACUCCCGCCGCAUGGAGGGACUGGAAAGGCUGCUGCUGCGUUCAAGGAAAAACAACAGGCGGAAGAGGAGAGAAUCAGAAAACUGGCAGAAGAGGAGGAGAAAGCUGUGCGAGAGAAGGAGAAGUUGAAGAAGGCUGAAGCUGCCGCCGCCGCCGCUUCUGGCAACGCGUCCAGCCAGCCAGCACAACGUCCUACAAGCGCUGACCUCUGGACUGUGAAAUAUGCCCCCACACAACUGAGCCAGAUUUGCGGGAAUAAGGGUCAGGUUGAGAAACUGCAGCGAUGGUUGGAGAACUUCUCGAAGAACGCGAAGAAGGAAUUCAAGAUGCUGGGCGCCGACGGAACAGGCGGAUAUCGUGCGGUCUGUAUUCACGGUCCUCCUGGCAUUGGCAAGACCACCGCAGCACAUUUAGUGGCGAAGGUUGCCGGAUUUGAUGUGGUUGAGAGCAACGCGAGCGAUACGCGCAGCAAGCGACUCGUUGAGAGCGGGUUGCGCGGAGUCCUUGAUACCACUUCAGUCCUCGGAUACUUUGCAGGAGAUGGAAAGAAAGUGGAGACUUCCAAGAAGAAGCUGGUCUUGAUCAUGGACGAAGUGGAUGGUAUGUCCGCUGGAGAUCGUGGAGGGGUUGGGGCUCUCGCGGCGGUAUGCAGGAAGACCCGCAUUCCGAUUAUACUUAUCUGCAACGAGCGACGCCAGCCGAAGAUGAAACCACUCGAUCUCGUGGCGUUUGACCUGGCCUUCAGACGUCCCACGGUGGACCAAAUCCGGUCUCGGAUCACCACGAUCGCCUUCCGGGAGGGUAUAAGACUUCCCCCGAACGUGAUCAACGCUCUGAUUGAAGGGAGCAACGCGGAUAUUCGUCAAGUCGUCAACAUGGUAUCCACUGCAAAGCUGGACCAUGCGUCCAAUGAUCUGGACUUUGACAAGUCCAAAGAAAUGUCUAAGGCAUGGGAGAAACACGUCAUCUUGAAACCAUGGGAUAUCGUCCGGAAGAUCCUAGCCGGUGGCAUGUUCGCGCCGUCCAGUAAGAGCACACUGAAUGACAAAAGCGAGUUGUACUUCAACGACCAUGAGUUCAGCCCUCUCAUGAUGCAAGAGAACUACCUAGGCACUCAGCCGAUCAAGGCACAGACUUAUCAGGGACGCGAACGCUCUCUCAAACUUAUGGAGCUCUUCGAUCAAGCAGCCGAGAGCAUCAGUGAUGGUGAUAUGGUCGACCGAAUGAUCCAUGGCAGCCAGCAACACUGGAGUUUGAUGCCAACUCAUGCCAUGUUCUCUUUCGUCCGGCCUGCGAGCUUCGUCUCCGGGUCCCUUGUUGGUCACAACACCAGUUUCACGCAAUGGCUGGGGAAGAACAGCGCUCAAGGCAAGCUUGGCCGCAUGCUUCGAGAGAUGCAUUCUCAUCUCCGCCUGCGCGGCAGCGGUGAUCGAAACGAAGUGAGGAUGCAGUACAUGCCCUUGCUUUGGCAAUACACAGCCAAAAAGAUGUCGGUCGAAGGCAAAGAUGCUGCUAAUGAGGUGAUCGAUCUGCUUGACAGCUACUUCCUGACCCGAGAGGAUUAUGAGGCGAUCCAGGAGCUUGGUAUCGGCGGCAUGGAUGCGUCUAAGCUCAAGAUCGAUGCUCCUGCAAAAUCGGCCUUCACCAGACUCUACAACGCACGAUCCCACCCGGUGCCAUUCAUGAAACCAUCCACUGUGUCUGCGCCUAGGGUCGGAAACAAGGCAAAGCCCGAUCUGGAGGAAGCGAUCGAGGAGUCCGAAGAUGAAGCACUGGUUGAUGACACCAAGGGUGAUGAUGAGGAUGAUCUCACCAAGGACAAGUACAUCAAAGCGCCCAAGAAGAAGAAGGCCGCGGCCAAAGGCGAUGAUAAUGGCGAGGAGAAAGGCAAGGGCAAGGCUAAAGGUCCAGCGAAGAAGCGAGCUCGAGCUACUAAUGACGAUGACGAAGAAAUUGAGGAGAAGCCGAAGAAGAAGACUGGAAGGGGUCGGGGAAAGAAAUGAACAUUAGGCCUCUGAUCUUUCGUGAAAUGUUACAUUCCAAAGACGGACUUUGAGGGUCAUGCAUAUCUGAGAACCCUUCUCCAGAUAAUGCCUUGUUACUGUCUUCAGCACUACAAACUUAACCCGGGAUGGGCUGCAAAUUUGGCUCUGCAUCUUACGAAGCCAGGCAGUGCUUAUAACGACGAUUUCGAGUAAACAUAGAAAAGAUUGCAACAGAAUGACAG